UAUCGUAAUCUACCUUACAUGCUCGCACCCCUCCCGUCUCCGCACUCGACAUCCUCCAGCCUCUUUAAACUGUCUCCGCUGCCGAAACAGACGACUUUUUCGGGUUUCGGUCUGUGUCUGUUCGCCCGCACACUCGCACACCUUUCUGCUUGUUUCGGAGGAUAUUUCUUUCUCUGGCGGAGCGUGUGGAGCACAAACCGAGCACAGACGGAGCUGUGUUUCAGGCUACUUCAGUGGGCGGGUAAAGCGGAGGAGGGCAUCCGGGCCUGGCAGCUCCGGAGGGUCGGCUUGAAAACGACGGAAAUCACCAUUUUCAGGCCGCACAUUGCCCUGUUAUGGAAAAGAUGAAGAGGAUUAAGAAGCGUCUGUCAUUAACACUCCGCCCCAGUCAGACCAUCGACGAGUCUCUGUCAGAACUGGCUGAGCAAAUGACCAUUGAAGAUGGUGGCACCAAGGACAACGAGCCCUUCAUGAGGAAUGGCCGCCCACCCACCUCCCACAGCAUGCACUCCUUUCUGCACCAGUACACCGGUUCCUUCAAGAAGCCGCCCCUGCGCCGGCCACACAGCGUCAUCGGGGGCACUCUGGGAUCUUUCAUGGUGAUGCCGCGCCAUGGCAGCCGCCUGGGUGAGAACACAAAAAGGGGAAAGUGGAAUAUUUGGAAGUUUUUCGAAGAGAGUACAAGCAUUACAGGCAUGAAAAAUGGAGUGAAAGCUUUCUGGAAUAAAGAAAUUAGACAGUUUUUAUCUGUAGGCACUCAUUUAUGAAAACACAGGAACAUUCUGAGCAUUUACAAAG